CCCGGCGGGGAGGGCCCGGAUCCCCGGCCGGCCGGCGCCGCCGGGCCCCCUGGGAGCUGCGGAGAACAGAGAAAAGUUGAAAGAUUGCCCUAAAGUUGCUGCUUUGUCCACGUUGGGGACCCAUCCAGGGAUGAAGAACUGGUUUAUAUCUUCCUGAAACGAGUUAAAGAUGCCAUAUUCCAUGACUGCAGGACAAGUUACUGAAGAGUUGUACAGAGAAUAUCAACAUAACUACAAUCUCAAUCUCGAAACAGGGCACUGCCGACAUCACAGAAGUCUCCCUACCACACCAUGCAUGCCUUCUUGACCGAAAGUCCCUUCCUCACCGCCACGGAUUUUCUUCCCUUUGUAUGUGAUGGUUGUUCAGGAAUAUUUUGCCUUGAACACAGAAGCAGGGAAUCUCAUGGUUGUCCUGAGGUGACUGUAAUCAGUGAGAAAACAAAGAUAGAUACAAAUGAACCUUACCCAUGCUCAUUCAAGGACUGUGCUCAAAGAGAGCUUAUGGCAGUUAUAUGUCCUUAUUGUGAGAAGAAUUUUUGCCUAAGUCACCGUCAUCAGUCAGAUCAUGAGUGUGAAAAACUAGAGAUCCCAAAGCCUCGAAUGACUGCCACACAGGCACUUGUUAAAGACAUUAUUAAUUCCAAGACGGGAGAGACAGGAAAUAAACGACGGAAAGGUGCAAAAAACAGCGAAACAGCUGCAAAGGUUGCACUGAUGAAAUUAAAGCUGCAUGCUGAUGGGGAUAAGUCAUUGCCACAGGCAGAAAGAAUUUACUUUCAGGUUUUCUUACCUAAGGGGAGCAAAGACAAGAGCAAACCUAUGUUCUUUUGCCACCGAUGGAGCAUUGGAAAGGCCAUAGACUUUGCAGCUUCACUUGCCAGUCUUAAAAAUGACAAUAACAAAUUAACAGCUAAGAAGUUAAGGCUAUGUCAUAUUUCUUCAGGAGAAGCCUUACCCUUGGAUCAUACUUUGGAAACCUGGAUUGCUAAGGAGGACUGUCCUUUAUAUAAUGGUGGAAAUAUUAUUUUGGAAUAUUUAAAUGAUGAUGAGCAGUCUUUAAAAAAUGUUGAUUCUUACUUGUAAAAGUCAUUCAAAGUUAAGCCAGAAGUCACAAGGAAAAUACUAUGUACCUGUUUAGUCAGUUUCUUUUACCACAGAUACUAUUCAUUUUUUAAAGGUUGCUUUUUAAUUUUUUUCCACUGUGUCAUAAUUUACAUUAUCAAUUUUCUGUUAACUUUUGAGUUUUUGUGUUUUAAAGUUUAUACUAAUAAUUGUUAGCAAAUAGUUAUAUUUAAUUAGUGUUUUUAUUAGGUUAUGCUUUAGAAAUAUCAGUAUAGAUAUACUGAUAUAUACAUAUACAUACAGUUGGUUAAUGCCAGCUAUUGCUUGGCUGUGACAGUGCUCCAUGUCAUCUUCCCUUCAGGAUAUAAACUGCAAAACAAACCCCUUUUAGGGACUUUCCCAUUCUUUUGACAGAGAAAGAAGAUGGCAGAUGUGUUUUAGUUGAAUCUCAAAUGUCACAUGGUCAAGCCUAGUAUAAUAGGGCCAGAAUGUAUAACCUUAGUAUUGACCUACACCAUGAUAUAUAAAUUUAUGUUGUUUAUAUGAAUUAUUGAGCCUUGGAGAUUAUAUCAUUCACUUUUCUAAAUUUUUGAGUGAAGACUCUCAAGCAUUGGAUAGGAAAAUUAUGUUCUUGGUUUCACCUAACUGCACUGGGGCAGAUUUCUGAUCAAUGACUUCCUUGAGUUGGAGUCAUCUUUUAUGUUUGUAUGAAUGUCACAAAUGAGAAGAAAGAUGGAAUAGUUCACCCUCAUUAUAGUUUCUCUAUGUAUCAAAGCAAGGCAUAUGUUGAAAGCAAGCACAUUUUACCAAUGAAUUGAAAUAAAUGCUCCUGACUGGUGGUUUUUGUUUAUACCCAAUAAAGAUCUCUAUAGAAGGAAGAGAAAUUAUUUCUAUUUGUUCUUUGUCCCUUUUCUGUUCUAAUUAUCAUGGACAUGUACAGUGACUUUGGGUUUAAUUACAGGAAUAAACUCAGAAUGUUCA